AUGGACAUGCAAGCACUGAAAAGUCGCAGAAACGCCUUUAUGGCGCAAGUAAGUGGGGAGCUGUCAGUCGCAGAAAGCCUCAAAACGAGGAAACCGUCCCAAAGUGAGGUUAAGGACCGCCUGACCCAGCUCAACAAACUUGCCGAGAGUUUUCGCGAGACGCAAACUGGAAUCGAGGAACUGCAAGAGGACGCAGCGGCCAUUGCCUCUGUUCAGCGGACCGUGGCCGGAACGACCGACUGGAAGCAAGCGGUGCACCUGCUCAUGGAAUCGCAGCGGCAGCUGCUGCUGAAUCAAUCGGCGCAACGAGCAGCCAUCAGUGUGCCCAAAUUCACGAAAUUCACCGGAGACCGCAAGAAGUGGACGACGUUCAAGGACCUAUACGUGUCAACCAUUCACAACCGCGAUGACCUGACGGACACUCUAAAGAUGCAGUAUCUCUACUCGUAUCUGGACGUCGAGCCCAAGCGUCAAGUCGCAAGGUUCUCUAUCUCGGAGGCAAACUACAAGCUGGCGUGGGAGGCUUUGACCGAUUACUAUGACAAGAAACGAUUCACCGUCUUCUCGCUGGUACGUGAAUUCAUGGAUCAACCCUCAAUCGCAAGUGCCACUCCUGAAACGUUGAACAAGCUUGUGACGAGCUCGGACGAGAUCGUGCAGCAGCUGGAUACCCUCGGGGAGGAAUUCCAGACCCGCGAUCCGUGGUUGAUUCACCUGGUGCUCGAGAAGCUGGACAAGGAUACUCGAGCUGGCUGGUCGCAGAAGGUCAUCGAAAAGGAGAACCCGAAGUUCGACGAGUUGCUGUCUUUCCUGAAGAAGCGAUGUGAGGUGCUGGAAACCUGUUCAGCAUUCUCGAAAAAAAAUGUGCUCGACGGGAAGAAGGAAGCGACGAAACAAGUGAUCAGUGACAAAAAGCUGAAAGCAUUGCACACAAUUGCAACCAAUCAGAAGUGCGCGAAAUGUUCGAAAGAGCAUAACAUAUAUCAGUGCGAAGAGUUCAGGAGGCUAGCGUGCAAGAACGGCGUGAACUAG